GGAGAAUCCCCUGGUGUACCACCAGCUGACAACCUGGAUGAGAGGCAGAGCCAAGUAUUGCUCGGAUUUUUACGCGAUAACAGUGCGAGCACCGUGCAGAUGAGUGGUGCCAGUAUUUCAAGAAAUAAAAGGUAAAAUUUUGAAAAUCAAAUGGGAAAAAAAAACAUACAUCUAUCUUGACUUCAGACUUAGACUCAACUUUAUUGAUCCCUUUGGGAUGACUGACUAAACAUAACUGCUUUUUAUGGCUCUACCCACCAAGACCAUAUAAACUGGGUGGGCUCCUGCACGUUUGUGUGCAACCAAAACAAAAACAGUAAGAAAAACACAUCGUUAGGAAAUAUUUUCAACAACAACACAACUCACCAAAACUCAUCAGCAAUUAAACAAAACAAAAAAUGACAGUCACGUCCUAAAUACCAAAGUAAAGUAACUCAACCAAAUUCAAUAUUCUGCUCUCUUUUGAAAAAAAUAAAUAAAAAUACUGUGUUUUUAAACUGUGCUGUGUCACUUCUAUCCUCCACUGAGAGAAAUUAGCAGGUAAACUCAAACACAAAACAAAGAGAGGCCUCCAUGCUGACAUUCGGAGACACUAGCAUCCCAGACAGACUUUUCUAGUCCAGCGCAUCCUGGAUUUUAUUCAACGACGGACCACUGCCCCAAAAUGCUUGAUGCAAACAGCCCCCACCUCGUCCUCAGCACCACCCAAAAGCCCCAGAUGUGUGUGUGUGUGUGUGUCCUCAUCUGUGCGGGGGCAGGGGAGGACAGAGGGAGGAGGGGUCUCCUUCUCCAAGGACCUGCUACUUUCAGCUACAGCUCCUUUAAAUCUUUGCUCUAAUGUUUUAAGUGAUAACUCAAACCUGGCUGCUUCUUCCGCUCCCUUUCAACAUUUCAGUCAGUCACAUGUGCACGCACACACAUGAUGCAGCAUAAGAGUAUAUGUGUUGAAGGAGGCAGGGAGGGUGCAGGGAGGGGGCUUCCUGUCAUUUGAAUUACCCUCUACAUGUGGGGUCAAUAUGUGCAUUGGUUUAAGUGUGUGUGUGUGUGUGUCAGGGGUUGAGGUGGGGGCUAAAGUGGGAGCUACACCCCCUCCACGCUCUCCCCCCUCCCCCCUGUGAGUCCGUAUAAAGCAGGAGGGGGGAUAGGUACCUUUGUCACUUUGCUCAGAGACACUCUCACUGGACACACAAACGCUCUGGACACACAUUCCUCGGAGACAUAUCGACUGUCCUCAGAAAAGACUGUGUACUCCUGGAUUCUCCCCAUCGCGGGCCCUGUAUCACAGUUAGUGAGAAGAGAGGUGGAGAGAGCUGAAACACACCGAACACCAUCUGUCCAGUCCGGACCAGAGCCAAGAAGGACAGACUUCUUCUUCUUUUUUUUUUUUUUUUGGAAAAAUAAUUGUUAAUUAGCAAACAGCUGCUCAGCCAUGAGGAUCUUCAACCUGAUCUACCUGCUCUUGCUGCUCGUAGCUGUGGUAGCCUCAUCCACCAGGCCAGAUUUCCUGAACCUGAGGAGAAGAUACCACAGACACCACUGCCUAUACAGACGCUGUCUGCCUCUCCACUCCAGAGUACCCUUCCCCUGAGCCAGAGGCCCAGCACCGAUGGUGAGCUAAGGAGAGAAAUAUGAACUGCAGUGUGGCACAAACACCAUGGACGGAUCCUGGUACAGAGACUCAGACCUGGAAGAAGGGGGAAAAAAAACUAUGGGAUCUGCAAACCAAAGACUAUAAUCUACAUGUAGCUGCUGUUACACACAUCCUGCAGCUGCAGAAAUCUGUUCAAAGUCAGACUCACCUUGGCAACGACUCAUUCCUGUUCUAAUCUGAACCAUGAAAUGUUACGGCCGCACAGAUCUGGCUCUGGCCAGUUGAGAGCACCGCCCCACGUUCUUUUAAUGUCAAGAAAAGAAGGAGCAAAGGAGUCGAGACAACAUUUAUCUUUAAGCCCGACUCAAGAGCUGUGGACCAAAGAGCAAGAAAUAUUGUUAUAGCAUCUACAAAGUGUUUAUAAUGCGUGUAUGCACUUCAAAUGUUUAUUGAUUUAAGCUUUUUAAUAAAAAAAAAUUAUAAACAUGCAGCUCGUCUUUGUGCUUGUGGUGAACUGAAUGAGUACAUAAACAAAUAAAUGUGGUCAUUUUGUAUACUUUAAGUGUUCUAGGUAGACGUUGUAACACCUCGUCCUGGUGAUUCAAAUCAAACAGGAUCACGAUACCUGCAGGAUUCCUGUUAAACUCCGGGCUCAUGGGAAAGGAGUCGUAAACGCCGCGCUCCCUGCCGAGUUACGAAUGCCACAGCAUAAAGGAAUCACAAUGGGGAACAAACACCAAGGGCUCAAAUGACAAUCUCGAUAUUUCGUUAACGCAGAUUCCCGUGACUAGUGAAAUUUAACACAGAAAAGGUGAGGCGGGAAACGGGCAGUCACACCAGCUAACGUUGACACUGUAGAGUUUCCAUUGUUCUCCUUCGGCUCUCGGUACAUUACACAAGAUAAACACAAACCAGUGGCUACCUACGUGCGUACAAGCACUGUGUCGACUCUUAUCCUGAGAACGGUUUAAACACAAAUGAAAUAAUCAAAACGAGUAUUAAACAUUUAUUGGAGUUUGAUCACAAAUACACAACCUUAAUGAAUAGAUAUCCUAUCACCAAAUAAAGCACAUAAACACAUGAUUGAUACCCAACAAACAGAUAAAAUAAAGACUCGACAGCGUUCUCUCUGGCAGGUAAGUGGUGACCUCGCCGUCCUUAGUGCAGACAGAUGAUCACUGAACAGCCUCCCAGCUCGGUUGCUUUCAUGGUAACAAAAGCGGCAGCAUGCACGGGUCACCGGGGGUCGUAACACGGUGAUAAAAACCCCUCACCUCUGAUCUGUGACCCACGACUCCUCCUCUCCGCCCGCCACUUUGCAAUCCUUAACUGUCCUCCACUUUCAGUCCACCUCCUCCUCCUGCGUUAUCAGUCCAUCUCUGGUGAGGGAGCCUCACUGAGGAGCUCACAAGUGCAUUUGCUUACUUUAGUCUUUUAUCCAGCGUAUCCCGCAGCUUCAGUCCUCUCCUUUAAAAGCUGCCACCUUCUCUCCGAGUUAAAAUGAUUAGGCUCUUUCUCCAAAGGGCCGGAGGGUGCCGUCGGCCGGCUCGAC